AGACAAUCUUACAUGUCCUACAGAACCGCAUUCAAAACAUCGCAAUUCUCCAGUAUUUGCAUACAACAUGUACGACUUUCCUUCGUACACGCAACGAAAGGACACGUUUAAAGUCGGAGCAUUCAAAAACAUAAACACCUGCCGUCUGAAGGACAACACGUGCUUCAAGGAUUCAUGUUUACAACCAAGCGGCACCAUCUUAAUUCCACUCGCAAACUUUCCAUACCUAGCUCACGCUGUAUAUCCUCAUCCGGAAUAAAUGGCGGCACAUUUGAAAUUAUUACCUUUACAGUUGGAGAUACUAAAGGUUGAACAAUAACAAAAGCUCCACUUACCACAAUGCCGCUCUCUACCAACCGAUUCACCAUUUGUUCAUCCUUCAAAAAAACCACCACGGCCUUAUUCAUCCGGGAUGCUGAAAUUAUGUUUUCAUGUCCCACUUGCUCAGCAACAUCAACUGUUCUCCAACUUGAGUGAUGCAUCUAAUUCCGUGACGGAGCGACAGUGACGGCGUUCGCACAUCCAGGUGCGACGCCAUCCCUGCACUCGCCACGUGAACUCCUCACACACCGUCAAUGAAACCUCAAACUAAAAUUUUAUCUCUAGAUUUUAUGACAGCUUUUAGAUAUCAAUUUUAAGUAAGAAAGAAAAAAAAGAAAAGUCCAUAAACUUCCCCCCUCACCGUGACUCCUCUCCCACUUCAAACCGGAAGGAAGGAAAGAGAGAGAGAGAGAGAGAAACUGUGUGUGAGUGUGUGUGAGAGUGAGAGAGAGAGAGAGAGAGAGAGAGAGUGAGAGAGAGAGAGAGCAGCUCUUCAUGAAGUCUGUCCACCAGCAGCACACAGAUAAAGCAGAAUGAUCCUCAUCUGUGAUCAUAAACUUCUCAUAUUUAACCUGCUGCUCAUCAUGUCAGUGGUGGCAUGUGAGAUGAAGAUCUUGACUUUCACUGCUUAUGAAGGAGGAAAAGUUGAAAUACGGUGUCCCUAUGAGUCUGGAUAUGAAACACAUAAGAAAUAUCUCUGCAGAGGAAAAUGUAAAGUACUGGAUAAAGACAUUCCUGUUGAAUCUGGAUCUGCAGCUAAAGACGAGAGAUUCUCUCUGACCGAUAACACAACGACCCACAUCUUCACUGUCACCAUCACUGAUCCGAGAACAGAAGAUCAAGGACAAUACUGGUGUGCUGUGGAGAGGAAAGUAUACGAUGACUAUACAGAGAUUCAUCUGGAAAUUAAACAUGGUAAGUCAGAAUAUACUGUAUGAGUGAAAUAGUUCAUCAGUGCACACAGAUAUGGUGUAACAUACAUAAGCAU